UUAAAGUGGUGCGCGCACAAAUUGCAGAGCGUCAUUAAUGCGCUCGUUAGACAUGUUGAUGCUUUCGGGGGGAAAGUUGGUCUUCUGACAUUUGCGGAGAAGCGGGAGCGCCAUGCAAACUCAAGGGAACAGCUCGCCGCCUUGUCCGGGGAGCUUGGAUGCCGCCGUUACUGAGAAGCCUCAGCCUUUUCCUCUGCUAUCUUCCUAUCUCAUUGACAGUAUCUUAGGGCGCACCAGUCGGCCUGUCAAACGGGGUGAUGCUCCCUCACCUGGCGUCAGAAACCUUCAGGGGGAAAUCGAGGAAAAUGCGGAUCAUUCAGCAGGCAUCAGGAACCAAGAACGGGGUUGGCUUCAACACACACGCUCGGGACGAGGGGGAGUCAAGGGCGAUGAAUUUCCUUCGAGCGAAACGAAAACCGAUACCAGCCCCGUGCCGACACAGGGGGAGCGACGGGGCGAUGUGAAGCUUUUACCGCCGGUGGAAAACGCUUUGCCUUCGAUGUUAGGAGAACGGGGUGCGAAAACUUGUGGGGAGAGAGGAAGAGUCUCGGAAAACCAGUCACUGGGAACGGGAGCUGAUGAGGAGAGGUCGAAAGAAGUCGCGGAUCAGAGGGAGUGUGUCGGGGAAAGCACGAAUCUUCAGUACUUCCCUUGCGUAAGUGAACAGGAGGACGGGUCUUUCAAACGGAAACAGCGUCGCUACAGAACUACCUUCACUAACUUUCAGCUGGAGGAGUUGGAGAGAGCUUUCCGGAAAACCCACUACCCCGAUGUCUUCACAAGGGAAGACCUGGCAAUGCGACUCGAUUUAACCGAAGCGCGGGUCCAGGUGUGGUUCCAAAACCGCAGAGCCAAGUGGCGGAAGCGUGAGAAGGCGGGAAGCCUGAGCCAUCCGCACGGUUUGUCUCUGACCAGCCCUCUGGGGCUCUACCUGGACGUGCCGUUGGCCCAGUCCACUGGCUUGGAGUCGAGCUGGAGGUCAUCAUCUAUCCCUGCUCUUUCCGCGGCGACAGGUACCAACGCCUACAGCCCAGCAGCCCAGCUAGGAAUCAGCACCUUCAUCGGGACCACUUUCUUCAGACACCCCUUACUCAACCCACACUUUGGAAGGUUCAUCACGACAAUGAACCCUCUGAUGGCGACAUCCCUGAUUGUGAAGCCUUCAGUCUCUGCGGUGGACCCUGGUGUCUUCCCAGCUCACUCGCACUCGACAGCCAUGGACAGAAAGUCCAGCAGCAUCGCCAGUCUGAGACUGAAAGCUAAAGAACAUGCAACACACAGCCCUCCCAUCAGCUUGCUCCCUAAUCUGACAAAUACAGGCAAACAGGUCUGUUAAGAGGCGAGCAGCCCUUUAACAAUGGGACUGUAGUACAGUGGCCAGAAGGCCGAUACUGAAAGAGAAAGCACCUCAAGAGACUGACCCCAGAUGCACCUAUCAAGAAAUGGCUGCUACUUACAAAUGCAUUGAAACUUUUGGGGGGAGAGUCCAGAUAAUAGCAAGUCACGUUGCAUUGCCACUUAUCUGGGAUGGUGGGCAGACAAUUAUAUAGGCUUUGUUUUAACUUAAUAAACCCUUGUGUCUGUGAUCUUCAGUCACAUUUGACAUCUAGAAAUCUCUAAUGCAGAGCUGCCUUGUUGUUAACAUUGUUUUUGAAAAAAAAAAGCCAAAGUCAUUGUUGAAGAGAUGCCAUGUACAUUCAAGGCUGUAAUAUCGCUUCUGGGGGGGAAAGAUGUCUUUCUUUAGGGCUUGUAUCUGUAUAGAUAGGAGUUUUAGUACACAGAUCACUACUGAUGAAGAUCUAUUUAAUUUAUAUAAUGGUACAACAGAAUUAUAGUAUUUUAACAGUAAGUAAUGUGUCCCUUGUGGUUUAUGAGAUUUAUACAAAUAAAUGUUGAU